GCACUCGUAUACCAACGAGUUCAGUACCAGGUACCGGUGCCCGUACGCUCGCAUUUUCCAGACGCCCCCCGUUAACGAACAUGGUGCAGGUCGUAGGGUUAUCUCACCUCCCACAAAGGAUUGCGCUGCACUCGAGUGCAGUGCCGGCGCCGCACAGCAACGCAGGGCGAAUAGGAGGCACAGCCUCGAUGUGUUACCCUCCCCCCCUCGCUCUCCCCUCACUCCGCUAGAUUUGGACGGUAACUCUGGUGCCGGCGUCGCACAACGAUCCACCAACCAAGGAAUAGCGAAGAGGGGACGAAAAACCGCAGAAACACGGGUCCAAGUCGGGCGGAAAUUGGUCCAAGAUUAUAGGGACAGGAUGUUAUGGGAUUAAAGUUAGGGAUGACGCUACCUGACGAACAAAGCCUUGUGCUGGCAGUGCAGGCCUAGCAUAAACGCUUUAACGCGGCUGUCAUACGAGGUCACUCGUGGUGUCCCUUUUUGCUCUUGACCUGGGAGUUUGUUUGGAGGGGGCGGUAGAUUUUUGUCGCACUUCUCUCCCGGGUCGUGUCACACGAGUUUUGCCCUCAAAAAGUGAAAAGGUCGGAAUAUGGUGCCAUGUGAAUAGCUAUUCUCCUCCUCAU